CCCCCAAACGAAUGUUUUGCAGUUGUUCCUAGGCAUUCCGGAUUCGUAAAUUCGCCCAUUCCCAGCCACUUAAAAGCCAGCCGAAUUAAUCGCGCCAGAUUAGGCAAACAAAAACAGAAGCAGAAGCAGUUCCACAUCGUGCCAUUUUUAUCUGGCCAUACCCAUAGGCAUAUAGCAUACGUGAUUACGUGAUUAAAGCGGCGGGGUCGCUGCGGUUUUAUCAAUAACAAUGGUUUCCUACUUCGUACCUCGUGGCCGCUUCCUGCUGAAGGCCGGCAAUCUCAGACAGGUGGUGCAGCAGCAGCAUCAUCACCAGCCGGCCCAGCUCCAGUUGCAGCCCGCCAAAGGACCCCAGCCGCAGAAUGUCCAGGUGGCCCGGCACUUUCGUCAGUUCUCCUCGAAUUCCGCCUCCAAGGAGGCGCAACUACACCACAGGAAACCACAACACCAACCCAAUUCCAAACCCAAUCCCAGCCAGGAGUUGGCCCAACUGCGGCGCAACAUCCUCUCACGCUGGACGGGCUUCCUGCUGCGCUGGGCUCCCAUGGGCAUCUGCGUGUUCGGCGCCAUCGAGUGGCAGCUACAGAAGCGUCGCUGCGACGAGGAUGGCCAGCCCAGGACCGCCUCCGAGUUCCAGUCGCGCGUCUACUGCUCCCUGCCGCUGCGCAUCAUCAGCCGCUGCUGGGGCUGGCUGGCCGCCUGCUACCUGCCGCCGAGUCUGCGUCCCUAUGUCUACGGCUGGUACUCCAACACCUUCAAUGUGAACCUGAGUGAGGCCCAGUUUCCGGAGUACGAGCACUACAAUAGCCUGGCCGAGUUCUUCACGAGACCGCUCAAAGAGGGCGUUCGCGUCAUCAAUCAGGAGGCACCACUCGUUUCUCCCGCAGAUGGAAAGGUCCUGCACUUUGGCAGCGCCUCAGAUUCGCUGAUUGAACAGGUCAAGGGUGUGAACUACAGCAUCGAGGACUUCCUGGGGCCACUGGAGACCGUGGAGCAGGCCAAUUCCGGUGCCUCUUAUGCACAGGCACUGAAGAAGCAGCGCGAUGGCUCUACGGAGCUGUACCAGUGCGUGAUUUACCUGGCACCCGGGGAUUAUCACCGCUUCCACUCUCCCACCGCCUGGCAACCGAGCAUCCGUCGUCACUUCUCCGGCGAACUGCUGUCCGUGAGCCCCAAAGUAGCCGGCUGGCUGCCUGGUUUGUUCUGCCUCAACGAAAGGGUGCUCUACAUGGGCCAGUGGAAGCACGGCUUCUUCUCCUACACCGCCGUAGGUGCCACCAACGUGGGCUCCGUUGAGAUCUACAUGGAUGCCGAGCUGAAAACGAACCGUUGGACUGGCUUCAAUGUCGGCAAGCAUCCGCCCAGCACCUACGAGUACGACGAGCUGGCCCUUAAUUCGCCCAAGGAAUUCGGCAAGGGCGACCUCGUCGGCCAGUUCAACAUGGGCAGCACCAUUGUGCUGCUCUUCGAGGCGCCCAAGAACUUUAAAUUCGAUAUAGUAGCCGGCCAGAAGAUCCGCGUGGGUGAGUCUCUCGGUCACAUUGCAGGAGCCAAAUGAAAAGGGUAUCCUGUAUCCAAUCCUGUACCGAAUCAGUCACCCAUCCUGUUCACCUCACUCGUUGUAUUAGCAUUAGACGCUCGUGUCCCAGGCAAAUGUAUUUUGUGAACAUCCUGCGAAGCUAACACUGUGUAUUGUUGCCAUUUCUGUAGUCCUAAGCUAUAUUUUAUACAAUAAAACGUCGAAAUAUAUUUGAGAACAACAAAAGCAA